AUAGUAGUAAUAUCAUGAUUGCGCAAUGGGCGCGCGCUGAGUGGGGAGCGCGCCGGGAAUCUCGCGGGAUCAGGUAGUGAGUGCCUUGGACUGGCUACCGGUGUAGGGGGGGUGACUGAAGCCUGCGGACUUCUCAAGCCCUUGGUCUAAGUGUACGUCAGAGCGGGGGGCUGCAGCAGCAAUGUCCUCCAACACACCCCCUGGAUUUUACCGGCAGGAGCUGAAUAAGACCCUGUGGGAGGUGCCCGAGAGAUACCAGAAUCUGAGUCCCGUGGGCUCCGGGGCUUACGGCUCGGUGUGCUCAGCGUAUGACACAAAAACAGAACAGCGAGUUGCGGUGAAAAAGCUGUCGCGACCAUUUCAAUCUAUAAUCCAUGCUAAACGUACUUAUAGAGAAAUUCGCCUGCUAAAGCAUAUGAAACAUGAAAAUGUCAUCGGACUCUUAGAUGUUUUUACCCCUUCAAAGUCAUUUGAGGAGUUUAAUGAUGUGUAUCUGGUGACGCAUCUAAUGGGAGCAGACCUUAACAAUAUUGUAAAAUGUCAGAAGCUGACAGAUGAUCAUGUGCAGUUCCUAAUAUAUCAAAUUUUACGAGGUCUUAAGUAUAUUCAUUCAGCUGAUAUUAUUCAUAGGGACUUAAAACCCAGCAACCUUGCUGUUAAUGAAGAUUGUGAGCUGAAGAUUCUUGACUUUGGGCUGGCACGACAUACGGAUGAAGAGAUGACUGGGUAUGUGGCAACAAGGUGGUACCGGGCUCCAGAAAUAAUGCUAAAUUGGAUGCAUUAUAACCAGACAGUGGAUAUCUGGUCGGUUGGAUGUAUUAUGGCCGAACUCUUAACAGGUCGAACCCUGUUUCCAGGCACAGACCAUAUUAAUCAACUGCAGCAGAUCAUGCGUCUGACUGGAACACCCCCCUUGUAUCUCAUUAACAGGAUGCCCAGCCAUGAGGCACGGAACUAUAUUCAGUCACUGUCAUACAUGCCGAAAAUGAAUUUUGAAGAUGUCUUCCUGGGAGCUAACCCACAAGCUGUAGACCUUUUGGAGAAGAUGCUUGUUUUAGACACGGACAAGAGGAUUACUGCAGCAGAAGCUUUAGCUCAUCCCUAUUUUGCUCAGUACCAUGACCCAGAUGAUGAACCUAUAGCUGAGCCAUAUGACCAAAGCUUUGAAAGUCGGGAGCUUGAAAUAGAAGAAUGGAAGAGUUUAACAUAUGAAGAAGUACUUUGCUUUGUACCUCCACCACUGGACCCUGAUGAAAUGGAAUCUUGAAAGAAGCUGUUCCAAAGGUGUUUUUGCCGCUGUGAAGACGUUUGUGGAGGGGUCUGUUUUCCACCUCCAGCUGUCAUAAAAGUGCCUAUCAGAUUGUGGAUCUGAGUGACUUGCAUACAUACAUCUCUAUAUAUUUUUUUUUCUUUACUGGGGAGAGUUAUUUAUAUGGAAUCUAACUGUUGUUGCAUGUUCCCCUACCCCUCCAGCUGCCUCUCACUUUUCACAAGUAUAUUACAUCAUCCUCUGCUCUCGCAGUGUAACCUGUGCCACAGACCAUUUUGGAAAUACCUGUUAAACCGUUUUGUUCAGUGCUCCAUAUGUCUUCAUAGUGUCUUUGUAAUGUUAAAGGGGAUAAAGACAGACCAGAUAAAUGAUACCAAAUCUGUGCAUUUGUGCGCAAUGAAUUGAUGUUUUCUGAGCCCUCACCCAAAAACACUAUCUUUC